UCCACCGUCAGCAUGCUUUGCGCUUGCUUCCGUCACUCACGCCCUCCUUUGCGAGACGUUCGUGGGCUUCCUGCUGCGUGUGUUCCCGGAGCGGAGACGGCGGCGGUGAAAAGCCAAGAGGAGCCUCUGACCCGUGAAACCACGUCCUAGAGGGGAGAGGGGAAGAGGAUGGCAAAACAGAAGAGAAAGUUUUCCAAAGUGACAGAGAUAAAAAACAAAAAAUUGAAGAAGGCAACGAUGGAAGGGACACUGCUGGCCGCUGAGGCCCCGCUGGACAGUGAGGAAGCUCUCCCAGAAGCCUGCGCUGGUGACGUGGACCUGCACACUCUCCAGGGAGGAGCAGUGCACGGUGUAGUGGCUCAGGAUGCGAGCCCCAAGCUGUCCCCGGAGGAAAAGAGGGUCCUCGAAAGGAAGCUGAAAAAGGAACGGAAGAAGGAAGAAAGGCAGCGUCUGCGGGAGUCGGGCGUCGUUGCCCAGGACCCCCCAGCCAGGCGCUCAGGGGCGGAGCUGGCCCUGGACUAUCUCUGCAACUGGGCCCGAAAGCACGAGAACUGGAGAUUUCAGAAGACGAGGCAGACGUGGCUCCUUCUACAUAUGUAUGAUGGCGACAAGGUCCCCGACGAGCACUUCUCCACACUGCUGGCCUACCUGGAGGGGCUGCAGGGCCGUGCCCGGGAGCUGACGGUGCAGAAGGCCGAGGCCCUGAUGCGGGAGCUGGAUGAGGCGGGUGCCGGAGGUCCAGAUUCCCUCCUGCUGGGGAAGGCCCAGCGCAUCCGGCAGGUGCUGCAGCUGCUCUCCUAGCAGGUGGUUGGCAGGAUGGGUGGCGGGCCCCACCACAGGACGUCCUGGGACUGUACAAGUGCUGCUGCCACCCUCCUCCUGGGGGUGGGGGCUGGGGCCUAGCGAGGUGGGUGGCAUUGCCGCUGGGCAAGAAGUCCAGCUCCAAAGGCCCACAUCCCUCUCAGCACCAUGGCUUGGCAAGGAUCCCACACCCCAGCCUCCUUGGCCAGACUUAGUGUUUGCAGAUGGUGACUACUGGGCCUGAUCUCUUUAGAACAGAACUUGCCACUGAAAUAACCAGAGCCCUCCAGCCCCAGGAGGUUACCUUCGAGGGAAAGGUCUAUUUUUCAACUGAGAUGUUUUAUAAAUUGGGUAAUGUGAGCCAUCCCACUGGCGGUGGUCCUGCACUUCCAUCUGCCAGGUGGACUGUAAGUUUCUGGUCACCUGCCUGCAUUUGUCGAAGGGCCUGGCUAUCACCUGUGUGUCCCUCCUUGGACAACACACUGCCUCCCAGCCAUCAUGGGGAGAUCCUGCUGGGGGCUUGUACGUGCACAGAACUGGGCUCUGUGGCUGUGUUUUCAAUAAAGACGAGCCCACCUCGGGCUGUGGCUCUUGUUCUGUGGA